AUGCUGGAGCAGAGUAUUAAAGGUAGUGCUAUUUCUAAGAGAGGCUUCAAGAAAGCCGUGAUUAAAACUCAGAAAAAGGGGAAAAAGCGCAGCAGACGUCGCAAAGAAAGCUAUUCACUUUAUAUCUAUAAAGUACUGAAACAAGUUCAUCCGAAUGCUGGUAUUUCUUCGAAGGCCAUGAGCGUCAUGAAUUCUUUUGUUACUGAUAUGUUUGAGCGCAUUGCGGGGGAGGCGUCCCGCCUGGUGCAUUACAACAAGCGUUCGACCGUCACAUCCAGGGAGAUCCAGACAGCAGUGCACUUGCUGCUUCCUGGGGAAUUGGCCAAGCACGCGGUGUGUGAGGGCAGCAAGGCUGUCACCAAAUACAGUAAUUCCAAGUAA